GAGCAUAUGCAAAGGUUGUCAAAUGUGCAAUGACAAUUGGGAAAAGGUUAGGAUUUGACCUCCAUGAGUCAAAAAUUUUAUGUGAGCAGUUACGAAGAUAUAAGGAUCAUGAAGAGCCAUUUGACCUUGAUAUUGUCUGCUGUUCAGAAGACCCUAGAAGCUGGUGGAAUCUUAUUGACACAGAUUCACAACCAGAUACUCUUCCAACACUAGCACGUCAUCUGUUUUCAAUAUGCCCAAAUUCUGCAAGUUGUGAACGUGGGUUUUCUAUGCUUGGAUGGUUGUUUCAUAAACGACGUUUGAAUCUCAAUUUACAACGACUAGAAUCCAUGUCUAAAAUGAUCAUGUACUGGAAAUCAAAUGCAAAGACGGAACUUGGAUUUUAUGGAUUAAAUAAUAAGAAGAAAACUCGUCUAAGUGACACUGAAAUAAAUAUAUCUAUUUCAGAAGCAUUUGCUGAGACAGAUGAUAAUGACAAUGAAAGUGAAGGUGAAGGCGAGACUUCCUUUUUCAUAAAUAAUGAAACAAUACCUGAAGAUAAUUGUAUUGUUUUGAUUGAAAACGUAUGGAUUGAAAAAUUUGUGGAUCUGUCGCAUGAUUUAAUAAUCAAGGAAAUUGGCAAUAUCCCAGAAGAUGUAUUAGAUGAUUAUGACAAUAGUGAUAUUGAUGAAUAUGAAAAUGUCAAUAUGACCAAUGAGGGUGAAAAAGGGAUUUUAGAUUACAAUAUAGAUGACUUAUUAGGUGAAUUUCUUACUGAAGAGUUUCGGCAUUUUUUGUCAGUUUCAGCACUUUCGGCACUUUCAGCAUUUCAGCAUUUUGGCAUUUUGGCACUUUUGGCACUUUUGGCAUUUUCAACAUUUUUGGCAUUUUUGAUCAGUUUCGGCAUUUUUUUGUCAGUUUUGGCACUUUUGGCAUUUUUGGCACUUUUGGCAUUUUGGCAUUUCAGCACUAUCUCUUCUACCUCCACUUCAAACGAACGAAGAUGGUUACGCCGGCAAUUCUUAAGUUCAAAUAUCAGUAUCCUCUUGUCUAAAAUUAAACAAAACAUUAAUAAACAAUCAAAAAGAAAAGGUUGUCCAUGGAAAGUAAAUAUCAGAAAUUCAAAAACUCAAGGAAUCGAUAUAACUAAAAUUGAAAAUACACAUAAUCACCAAAUUACUCAAAAUGAAAUUGAAUAUUAUUCAUACAAGUUGGUGGAUAAAGAAAUUUGGGAUGAAAUUGAACUUUAUGUUGGCCAAAAACUUG